AUGUUUCGCACCAUCCGCAUCUCGACACCAAAGACAAGCGUCUUCCCAUCAACCAACAUCUUUCAGAACCCCAAAUCUACAAUGGCGCCCUCCAAGCGCAAGGCCUCAGCGCCGCCUCAAACCUCACGCAUCAACGGCGACCCAUCAACCGACAAGAAGCGCAAAACCACCACCGAUGCUCCUCCCACCAACCCUAACACCUCCUCGGACCCCCUCCGGACACCACACCCCUUCUACAAGGACUCCGAAACCCACGGCAUCGUCCUCCGCAAGUUCUACCCGCACGAAAUGUCCAACGCGCGAGCGCAAGCCUAUAACGACAACGAGCUGCCCCGGCCCAUCGAAAGCCUCUAUGCCGCACUAGCUGAGACCGCCGCCCUCCGCAAGUCCUUACCAGUCCGCCAAGCGGUAGUCCACUGGUUCAAAAUGGAUCUCCGGCUGCACGACAACCGCUCUCUCUGGCUAGCCAGUCAGAAAGCUAAGGAUGCGGGUGUGCCCUUGAUCUGUCUUUAUGUGUUGAGUCCGGAGGAUCUGGAAGCGCAUCUGAGGGCUCCCAUAAGGGUGGACUUUAUGUUGAGGACGUUAGAGGUGUUGAAGAGGGACUUGGAGGAGUUGGGAAUUCCGUUGUGGGUGGAGACCGUGGAGAAACGCAAAGAGGUGCCGAACGGGAUAAGGGAGUUGAUGAAGGGCUGGGGAGCCAGUCACUUGUUUUGUGCGAUGGAGUAUGAGGUUGAUGAGUUGAGGAGGGAGGCUAAGCUCGUGAGGCUGCUGGCAGAGGGGGAGGGGGAUGAGAAGAUGGUGGCGGAAGUGGUGCACGAUACCUGCGUUGUUAUGCCAGGAGCACUGAAAAGUGGAAGCGGAGGGCAAUACGCUGUUUACAGCCCUUGGUUUCGAGCGUGGAUCAAGCACGUGGAGGAGAACCCGGAGUGUCUGGAGAUAUACGAAAAGCCUGGACCAAACCCUCCCGGCAUAAAGGAGAAGUACGGGCACCUCUUCACUUGUUCUAUCCCUGAGGCCCCAGAGGGCAAAAGACUGCGAGAUGACGAAAAGAUUCGGUACCACGCUCUAUGGCCAGCAGGCGAGCACGAAGCACUCAAAAGGUUGGACAAGUUCUGCGACGAGGAUAUCGGCAAGUAUGCAGAGAGGAGAGAUAUCCCGGCCAAGCAGGGGACGAGUAACCUUUCAGUGCACUUUGCUUCGGGGACGUUGAGCGCCAGGAUGGCGAUACGUACGGCGAGGGAUAGGAACAAUACCAAGAGGCUGAAUGGCGGGAACGAGGGGAUUCAGAGGUGGAUGUCGGAGGUGGCGUGGAGGGAGUUUUAUAAGCAUGUUUUGGUUCAUUGGCCCUACGUCUGCAUGAAUAAACCCUUCAAACCCACCUACUCCAACAUCGAGUGGUCUUACAACCUCGACCACUUCCACGCCUGGACCUCAGGACGCACCGGCUUCCCCAUCAUCGACGCCGCCAUGCGCCAAGUCCUCGCCACAGGCUACAUGCACAACCGCCUGCGCAUGAUCGUCGCCUCCUUCCUCGCCAAAGACCUACUAGUAGACUGGCGCAUGGGCGAGCGUUAUUUCAUGGAGCACCUGAUCGACGGCGACUUCGCCUCCAACAACGGGGGGUGGGGAUUCGCUGCUUCUGUCGGGGUUGAUCCACAGCCGUACUUUAGGGUGUUUAACCCCUUGCUGCAGAGCGAGAAGUUUGAUCCUGAGGGCGAGUAUAUCAAGAAGUGGGUGGAGGAGUUGAGGGAUCUGAAGGGGGGAAAGGGUGGGGAGGUGCAUGAUCCUUAUGGACGCGGGAGUGAGGAGGUGAAGAGGAAGUUGGAAAAGAGGGGUUAUCCGAGGGGGAUUGUGGAACAUUCGGGGGCGAGGGAGAGGGCUUUGGAGGCUUAUAAAAGGGGGUUGGCGAGGGAUUUGUGA